GCUGCUGUUGCGUUAAGAUUUGGGGUACAUAAUGGCUCAGAACAUCCAGAGCGUGACCCUUUCCUUGACUUUACCAAUAUCAUGUCAGAUUUGUCUCGGAAAGGUACGCCAUCCAGUGAUCUGUGCUAACAACCAUGUCUUCUGCUCUACUUGCAUUGAAGUGUGGCUGAAAAGAAAUAGCCAGUGUCCAACCUGUAGGGUUCCUAUUACAACGGAGAACCCCUGUAGAGAGAUCAUAGGUGCUACAAAUGAAAAUGGUGGUAAUGACAGCCAUACUGUUAGAAAGCAUCUUCGAAAGACCAGGCUUGAGCUACUGCUCCGAGAGUAUGAGGAUGAAAUUGAGUCUCUUCAAAAAGAAAAUGAGGAGCUGAGAAGCAAAAACCUGAGCUUGGAGUCACAACUGCAAAUUGUCCUUGACCCGUCAGCCCUAUCGCUAUCUAAUAAAAAUGAGGACUGUUAGCAGAAUGGAGAGGACAAGAGAAUUGACUCUGAUAUGGUGAAGGAAUGGAGAGAGAAACUCAAAGUUACUACUGACAUUUAUGAGAGAGUGAAAACUGAUGGUGCAAAGCUGAAGGAGGCAAAUACGAAUCUGAGAAGUCAAAACAUUGAUCUUGUGAGAGCGAAUCUACGUCUGAAAGCUGAGGUUGACAGCAGAUCUCCACAAAAGUUUGGAAGGUGUACUGUUGCUGCACUGGAGGCAGAGAUUGGCCAGUACGAACGGGAUGUUAAACACCUGAGAAAAGCCCUUGAAAGAAGCGAUAAAUAUAUAGAAGAGCUGGAGGCCCAGACCUCCAGUGUCAGGGCGGAAACAAAUGGAAAGGAAAGUAUGGGUAGAUCUUUGAUGACACUGAAUCCAAACUUUUCUGAUUCUGAAGCUGAGGAAGUGGAAUACAAUCAAGAGUGUUCUGUAGCAUGGGACGGGAAAAAUGAAAAUGAGCCAAACCUGACUGUAUCAUUGUGUGUCAGUGAAAUAGAACAGCCAUCAGUCAGCAAAUUACAAGGUAAUGAUUCACUGUGCUCUGACCAACCUAGUAGCAAUUGCACAGAUGUGGAUAUGAGUAAUGAUAAAUUAGCUGGUGCCAGGACGCUUCUUUUAACUACAGCCGGUAACAGCAACAAUCCUGGUGUGGUACAUGGAAAGGGAAAUGGCAAUGAGGAUGGCACUCCAAAGAAAGAUGAGAGUGAAUCUGAAUUUGAUCACACCGUGUUAACUCAUUCUAAGUCCUUUAGCUGUCUAAGUUUGAAUAGUCAGAGUGAUCAAGGUAGAAAAAAGACUGGUAGCAAGCCUUUCUUCUACCUACGGAAACUCAGUUUUGAUGAUCCUAGUUGUAGCAGCAUGUCUGGUGAAGGUAAUAAAACUGCAGAUAACUCUCACUCGGGCAGCUGCACCCCUAGAGAGAAGGGAGCAACUGAUUCUUCAGCUCGGCACGCUAGUCCCAAGACUUGUAACAAAGACCGUUGCACUCCACCUGGAGAUGUAACCACUGCAGGACAUAUUAAAAUGGCUCAGAACUCUGCUAGAACUUUUCAACUUAUUUCUGACUUUGAAGUGAACCGUUUAAGGACAUCAAGUGAAGCUUCCAUGGAUGCUGCUUACCUUGAUAAAAUCUCUGAACUGGACACUAUGAUAUCUGAAUCUGAAAGCAGCAGGGGCUCUCAUUACUCUUUACUGUCAACACAGUCCUCUGACCUUCAUAUUACUUUGGUACCAGAGCUCACAGGUUGUGUUGAACUUAUGAAUGAAACUGACAGAAGGCUUGAGCCAAAGGUGAGAAGAAGACACCAUGUUGAAUCAUUUUCUCAAGAAAACGGUGAAAUAAGAAGUGGUGGUGAAACAGUAGCCACGUCCAACAUCACUUCAGGCAUUACUGAUCUGAAAGAAGAAUUGUAUUUAUUCGGACAGGAGGAUACAGAAGUUGGUGAUCUUAAAACAAAACAGGAUUUCUUGCAGUUGGAUGAAAUUUCGCCCAAUUUCUUUGCAGACUCGCAGGGAUUUUCUGGAAAUCCAAAGGCUGAGUCUUCACAUUCUCCCUGCUCAGUAGAAGCCCGACUUGACCAAGCUGAGGGUCAUUCCCUGUUUCUUUGUACAGCAUUGGCAUCUGAAAAGGGAAAGUACAUAGGAUCAAAAAUCAGUAACACCUUGCCUAUAAAAAGAAAAACUAGAAGUGGCCUUGAUAUGGCCAGCCCUUCUAAAGCAUCCAAGUUACUGUAGGUCUUUUUGCUGCUGGUGGUAUCUGUUCUGUCCACACUGGCUAAUAGAUAACUGCAAAAAAUAAAUUAAAGAAAUAAAGAAAAUGUCUUCUCCCAGAAGUUCAUUGUAUUUAUACCAGAUAUUAUAAUGUGGAGAACCUCGGUCCAAAGAGGAGGAGGAGGAGGAGGAGGAGGAGUAGUAGUAGUCGUAGUAUACAGUACAUCAACAUGGGAAUCAAAUGGGAGGAUAUGCCAAAUGUGUCUCUUAGGGGUACCAGCACUGCUUCCUACUGUAGCUCUCUGUGACAGAACAGUACAUGUUAACUUAUAAAGAAAAGCUCUAUAGGUACAAUAUAAAACCCAAUUAGUAACUAUUUGAUGUAACAAGAUUGAAAAAAUCAGGAAUGAUAAAUUAGUAUUGCUUUCCUGAUGUUAUUACAAUAUAUGUGCGUGUGUAUAUACACACACACACACACACACACACACACAGAGCUACAGCUGAACCUGUUUUAUAUCACCUUGCUUAAUAUCAUGCUCUGUUUAUUAUUACGUUUUUCAAAAAAAACACUUUCUGUGCACCAUAGGUUCUUAAGUAUCAUCUCAGAAACCAACUUAUUGCCAUGUUUUGUGCAGCCUGUCAAAUGCUGUGUGGCUGGGCUUUACUACUUAACCACAGGAUAGAAUAAUAGUAAUCAUCUCGGCUGAUAAACUGACAUUUUGUGUAACUCAAUUGCUGCGUGGGCAUUCUUAACGGGAUACAGUUCAGUUACAAAACACCGUCACCAUUGUUUUUUUUCUUUUUUUAACAAUCUUAUUCACAAAGAAAACAAGUGCAAUGCCUAAUUGAUAGUGACCAUCGGUCAACAAUUUAUGCCUUUUUUAGAUAGACACAAGCUGUUUCAUUCCAGUUAAUGAUACAAAAUGUAUUUGUCCUGUAGGAAACUAUAUGAAUUUGUUUAAAUGUAAAGAACGACUAAAUGUACAGUACUAAAACACUGCUCUUUAAUUCACCGUUAGUUUUCUUUCUUUUUUUCUCGCACUCAUAAUGUGCUGUCGCAGGCAAACGUGAAACCCACUUUAUAUCACAAAUUAUGCCUGCACGGCAAUCAUAAUAUAAAGCAGGUGCA